UUCCCUAUGUCCCACCAUCCCUGGUUCCUGCUGCCCCCAUGUCCCCCCAUCCCCGUUCCCAUCUCCCGCCCCUCCUCCCUCUCCCAGGCUGCCCUGCGCUGGCCCAUGGCGCCUCUGGCCGACCUCUACCAGUUGACCAUGGCCUACGGGCACUGGCGUGCCGGCCGCCACCACAUCCCCGCUGCCGCUGAGCUCUUCUUCCGCCGUGCGCCCUUCCAGGGGGGCUUCGCAUUGGUGGCUGGGGUGGCCGAGGGGCUGCGCAGCCUCCGUGCCUUCCGCUUCUCCGCCACCGGGUCCCACCUGCCCUCGCUGAGCUCCAUCCCCACAGACGUUGCCUACCUUCGCUCCGUCAUGCCCACCACCACAGAAGAUGCCUUCUUUGAUUACCUGGCCACCUUGGACACCUCGGAGGUGACAGUGUCUGCCAUGCCAGAGGGUUCAGUCGUCUUCCCAAGGGUGGGACACGUUUGGUACCUUCCUCUUCUGAGGGACUUUGGGGCUGUUGGUGUCCAUGUCCCCAGUAAGGAGGUGGAUGUCCCUUCCCGGUUGUCCCCACAGGUCCCAUUCCUGCAGGUGAAGGGGCCAUUACUGGUGGUGCAGCUGCUGGAGACCACAUUGCUGUGCCUGGUCAGCUACGCCAGCCUGGUGGCUACCAAUGCUGCUCGUUUCCGCCUCCUUGCUGGCCCAGACAUGAAGCUGAUGGAGAUGGGGCUCCGUCGUGCUCAGGGACCGGAUGGUGCCCUCUCAGCAUCGAAGUACUCCUACAUCGGGGGCUUUGACUUCACCAGCAACAUCUUGGCUGGGAAGCUCUUCGGCAUUCCGGUGCGUGGCACCAUCGCCCAUUCCUUCAUCAUGUCCUUCACCUCGCUGGAGGAGGUGGAACCCCGGGAGCUGCCACCGCUGGCAGGAGGACAGCCGGUGGAUCUCCCAGCUCUGGCUGAGUCAUGGUUGGGGCGGGUGUGUGAGCUGCUCCAGACACCCACCAAGAAGGCCAAGCGAGGCGAGCUGGCUGCCUUUGUGUCCUAUGCCAUCACCUUUCCAAAGGACUUCCAGGGGCUGCUGGACACAUACUGUGUCAAGAGGAGUGGUCUGCCAAACUUCUGCGCCGUGGCAUUGGCCCUUCACCAACUGGGCUACAAGGCCAUUGGGGUGCGCCUGGACAGUGGGGACCUGGCCCAGCAGUCCAAGGAGGUCCGCAAAGUUCUCCGAGCCUGCGGAGCUCACUUCCAAGUGCCAUGGUUUGAGAAGAUCCCAAUUGCUGUCAGCAACGACAUCAGUGAGCAGAGUCUGGAGGAGUUCAGCCGGGAGGGGAGUGAGAUUGAUGUGAUCGGUGUUGGGACAAACCUGGUGACAUGUCCCCUGCAGCCAUCGCUGGGAUGCGUUUACAAGCUGGUGGAGGUCAAUGGCUCUCCAUGCCUGAAGCUCACAGAAGAUGAGGAGAAGAUGACCAUCCCAGGGACUAAGACAAUCUAUCGACUCCAUGACGCUGAUGGUCACCCCUUCAUGGACCUCAUGGCCUUGGAGGAAGAGCCCUCACCCAGUGUAGGGCAGGAGCUGGUGGUCCAUGUCCUGGGGCAGCUUGGUGAGGCCAGCACGGUCAUGCCUACCACCAUAGAGCGUCUCCAUCAAACGUAUUUCAGAGAUGGCCAGAUAUGUGAGCCACUGCCAAGCCUGUUGGAGGUGAGGAACCAUGCGCAAGUGUCCCUCAGCCAGCUCCACCACACUCACCGCCGGCUCUAUGAGCCACAGCCCUACCCGGUGGCUGUGACAGAGAAGCUACACUGCCUGCUUGCCGAGCUGCAGGCAGCAACCUAGUGAGGUCUUCUCCUCCUCCAUGCUCUUCUGAAGACCAGGUCAUUAAUUUGGCAUUAAUAGUGCUAAUGAAGUUGCUGCUGCAUGGUGCUGUGCUGAGGAGCCUGCAGGAACUAGAAGGGCUCGCUGGGGUCCCAGGAGCAAAGAUGCGCACGGAGGGAUGGGGUGGACAGAGCUGGGACGUCCCUUCAUCGUGGAAGUCCUUCCAUGCCAUGCUUAGUGGCCCUGCCAGCACUGCAAUUUCUGCUAUGGCACCACUGUCCAUCUUCAUAGCCCUGCCAUCCUUGUGUCUUCUCUGGUGGCAGCACUGUCCCUUGGUGGCUCUGUACCAUCUGCUUUGGCAGCACUGUCCUUUGGUGUCCCUGCCAGCUCUGUGCCUUCUGCUGUGGUGACUCUGGCCACAUUGGUGGCUCUGCCAGCCCUGUGCCUUCUGCUGUGGUAGUGCUAUCUCGUGGUGGCUGUACCAGCCUUACACCUUCUGUGGUGGCAGCCCAUGCUGAAGCUCCUCAGUGGCACCAGAGACCAAGCCUGGAGUGCAUAAGAAGGUCCUACCAUGGGAAGGGCCAACCUGUGGCCCAACCCAUGUUCUGUGGGACACCCAUGGCAGAUGCACUUCAUCUUUCUUAUCCUCAGCUUUGACUCUGUGGCCAUUCUUCAUCUCUUUCCACUUCGUAUGCAUUCCCUGGGGCAUGGAGGCUGGUCCAGGUCAAUACUUGCUCCAGGUUGACACCAGCACUCUUUAACCCAAUGUCCAUAGAGGAGCCACUAAUCCUCACAAUUAACUUCAUCCUAAGCAAUAAUCAAAAUAAAGGUCUUCACCUGCUCCAGCCACACCACGUGGCUGCUCUGGU